CCGGAGUUAUCCUUCCGUGUUCUUUGAACUUGCUCUCCUUGAGUACCUGACCGACGACGUUGGGUUGGGGCAAGAUAUGACAAUGCUGGGGUACGCACGGGACUGAUGUAGUCGCGGAUUGCCCAGUAUUGUUGCUGAUACCGUAGGUGAACGACGGUGAUAUGAUGCAGGACCAGUUGUACUUGCCUGGAACGUGUGCAUUGUCAACCGUCAAUUAUGAGAUGUGCAGAGACAAGGAGCACAGAUCAGCCAUCGAUGUCACCUAAUCUAGUCAACCACGUGCUCGUGCACUACUACACCACAAUACUAGCACCCGGGCCCUUCUUCCUCUCUUUCCUCCGCCGUUUCUUGUCAGUCUUACUAUCAGCGUCGUCUCUGUUCGCGGGCGUUGGGUCUGGCACUCCGUCACCCAUCUUUUUCUUCGCUUUCUUGUCAUCCCCCCCAUUGACACCGCCUUCCGUUUCUGCCUCACCCCGCUUUCGCUUGUUCGAAUUAUCUUCCGCCAUCGCUGUUUUGAUGUCGGACUGCACGGUCUCCUUUUUGGGCUUCUCUAUCUCUCCAUCCUGCUUCUCCGGAGACUUCACCUGCUCCUCAGCUUCCACCUCCUUUACCGUGCCAGUAGUGGACGUGUCUUUGCGUUUCUUCUUCUUGCUCUGUUUUUUCUUCGGGCCUUCAUUAUUAUCCUGUUGGGGCGCCGUCUUCGAGUCGUCAACAUCCAUAGCAAUGUCCUCCUUCGCACACUUCUCAUCGCCCUCCACGACUGCAGUAGUCGUAUUAGGAACCUUCUGUUUGUUCUUUUUCUUCUUCUUCUUCUUCGACUCCUUCGCAAUUUUUGAUCAGUGGCUUCGGCGGCUUUUUCGGGGGAUGAUGGAGCAGGUACGGAUGCUAGAUCAGUGAUGGUGGCAGACGUUUCCGAUUUCAGAGUGUCCUGACGUCCAACAGUGGCUAAAUACAGAUGUGGCAGUGGACUGAAUACGUAGAUUACCCACCUUAUUAUCAGUGGUGUUUUUCGACUUGGACUUUUUUUCUCUCCGUUUCUUGUCCUUGGAUUUUCCAGCCGACAUUGUAGUUGCGGUUGUUUCUUCGGAUGAGUUCGAGGGUUUGGGUGGCUCCGAGGCGGCAGAGGCUAAUUUUUCGUUAGUGCCAUCUCCCUGUUCCUUGGACAGAUCUCUGGCUUGCUCGUCGAUCUUCAUUUGUUCAUCGUCACCAUUCACCUUGCCCUU